AUCCCAAGCCGUUGGGGCAUGCUGCUGAUCUACGGCCCUGCCUUCGCCGCUGCUCUCUACUGCGCUGCGACCGCGCCCCAGCUGAACGGUCGCGAGUUGCUCGUGGCCUCUUUGCUCGCUCUCCACUUUGGAAAACGCGUCGCCGAGGUGCUCGGUCUGCACAAGUACUCCGGGAGCGUUCAGGCCGCCGCCUCAGGCUUCAUCGGCUUCUUCUACGCGCUCGUCGUGCUGCUGAUCUGUUCGCAGCAGCACAAGGUGCCGGCCAGUCUCUACGCGCAGCGCCCUUCCUCCACGAGCCUCGCACUCGGGCUCUGUCUCUUUGCUCUCGGCGAGGCCGGAAACCUCUACCAUCAUGCGCUACUCGCCCGGCUGCGCAACCCGCGCGAGCAGUAUACCCUUCCUCGCGGCGGCAUGUUCGAGCUGGUGACAAUGCCGCACUACUUCUUCGAACUGGUCGCGUGGCUGGGCAUCGCCCUCGUCGCGCAGCAGGCCAACGCGCUGCUCGUGUUUGCGGGGAUGGUCUCCUACCUCUCGGGCCGGGCCGUUGCCACCACGCAAUGGUACAUGGGCAAGUUUGGAAAAUCUUGGCCGGCGAGCCGCCGCCACAUCGUGCCGUUUCUCUUC